AUGAGCAGCAACAAAGGAGCCAAAAUGAUGAAACCUACAUCAAAAUCAAUUCAGAGAGUUGGUCGUUUCUUGAGAAAGACCAUUGUGAGCAUUAAGUCCAAUAUCUGCUUUGGUGAUUACCACAACUUACGUAACAACACUCCUUUCUUGAACCCAUUCUCUUGCACUCGCCGACGCUGUCAAGAAGAUUCUCAAACCGAAGAAACCUACAGCGUUGUCUCUAGUGAGAACACGGUUGCUGUGGAAACCGGACGUGAGAGUCUCAAUAAAAACCAUCAGAAGAAGAAACCGAAGAAAGUGGUUGCAGAGUCAAUCGAGGAGGCGAAGAGAAGAGGUGACUUGCUGGCGCAAAAGAUGAAAGAUCUCAACAUGGUUGAUCUCAGAGACGCGGAGCACGCGUUGGAUGUAAGGGAAGCGCUUCGAUGCUAUUCAAGCAUCAGAAGCCCUGUGUACCUUGACAUUGUUGACAAUUUCUUCACUGACAUGUACUACGAGUUCUCUGAUCCGCGCACAUCCUCCAGUAUCAAUGGUUCAAGAAGAAAAGCAGGCUCCUUCAGGCUCUAA